AUCCUGCGCCAGCGUAUACCACCUGCAUGCGACAAUGAAUCGAUAUCCCAGACCUCCCAUGAGCGGCGGCGCCUCCAGAGCUACAGCUGCUACCUUGUUUAUAUUUCCCUGGUUUAUAUACCAAACGCUGACUUGCCAUUACGCCACUACUCCUACGAAUGCAAGGCUAUCGCCCAAGAGAGACCCUACGUUCCCCGCCCAUCUCGGACUCAGCAGCUCCUGAACCCUAAGCUGGUGCCGAAGUUGACAAGCGAUGUCCCGAAUGAUCUGUUGAGAAAGUUCGUCCUCAUUUUCUCAUGUCUUUCUCAAGCUCUUUCUCGUGCACCAGAAUCCACCUCCUGCACGUUCUGUUUAUCCCUUGCGGCUGUGACUUCCAGUCGGGUGGAAACUGCUAGCAAGACUUUGUUCGAUAGUCAUCGAGCACUCAAGGAGAAAGGUGUCGCCGACAAACAACUUGCCAAGGCAGAGGCAGAGCGGGAAAGGGGCCGGAAGAGGGAGAGGGAAAGUAAGGAACCUGAGAGCGCCGGGAAGCCCAAAAGAAUGCGAUCGGCUUCUGCGUCUUCCGUCUCAACCAUAUCUACAACUGUAUCAAAAUCGCCAUCACCUCAACAAGCAAGACCAACAAGCCUGUCACGGUCACCGUCUCGAACAGGAUUAGGUCGUCAGAACCGUAGAUAUUCCAGUAUUUCACGGUCGCCGCCAUCUCGUCCAAAGGCGACGCAUGAGAAGAAGCGAAGAAGGGAUUCUUAUUCGUCUGUGGACUCACCUAUGUCCAAUACGGGGGAUCAUGUGCCACAUUCUAGAGAACGAGGAAGUAGUCGCAGCACCAGACGGAGAUAUCGACACGAUAGUCCUCCUGCAAGAGGUAGAAAGGCUGAAAUUAGAAGUCCACAAAGGAGGAGAAGAUUUUCAGAUGAUCGCGAGCCUGGUCGAGACAGCAGGAACGGUGGUCUCAACCAAAAUAACUUCAAUGAUGAGAAUAAACGCCCACCAAGAGAGAAAAGUUUGAGUCCUUUUAGUAAAAGGUUGGCGUUAACGCAAUCGAUGAACAUGGGGAGAUAG